GAGCCAUCAGUAAUCACUCCAAGAGGAUUAGCUGGAUUAAUUGUAAAUGGUGAUUUUGGUGAAAUGAUGAGACUUAAGAUCUCAUCAACACCUACAACACCAAGAAAAAACUUGAAUCUUUCAGUGACUGAGCCAGGCAAAAAUGAUGGACCUACUUUGGAUUGUACAUUGAUGAAUUAUAUUGAUACACUUACCCAACGUAUCAACUAUCAUAUCGGUUAUCCAGUGAACAUAUGUUAUGAGCACUAUGCUAAUUUAGCCCCACUUUUGCAAUUUCAUUUAAAUAAUUGUGGUGAUCCAUUUCUUCAAAAUACUGUGGAUUUUCAUUCAAAAGAUUUUGAAGUGGCUGUUUUAAAUUGGUUUGCUGAUUUAUGGGAAAUUGAAAGAGAUCAAUAUUGGGGUUAUGUUACAAAUGGUGGUACUGAAGGAAAUUUACAUGGCAUUUUGGUUGGGAGAGAAUUAUUUUCAGAUGGAAUUUUAUAUGCAUCAAAAGACUCUCAUUACUCAGUGGCUAAAGCAGCAAUGAUGUAUAGAAUGGAUUUUGAAAAUAUUAAUGCAUCAAUAAAUGGAGAAAUGGAUUAUUCUGAUUUAAAAUCUAAAUUACUUCAAAACAAGGGAAAACCAGCAAUAAUUAAUGUUACAAUUGGUUCUACUUUUAAAGGAGCUAUUGAUGAUCUUGAUGUUAUUCUUCAAACACUUGAAGAUUGUGGCUAUACACAAGAUCAAUUUUAUAUUCAUUGUGAUGCAGCACUAAAUGGACUUAUUAUUCCUUUUAUUAAAAAUAUGAUUACUUUCAAGAAGCCAAUUGGAAGUGUGACAAUUUCUGGUCACAAGUUUUUGGGAUGUCCAAUGCCUUGUGGAGUUCAAAUAACAAGGAAAAGUUACAUUAACAACCUUUCAAGAAGAGUUGAAUACAUUGCUUCUGUGGAUGCUACAAUUUCUGGAAGUCGGAAUGGUUUGACUCCGAUCUUCUUAUGGUACAGUCUAAGUGCUAAAGGUCAAAUUGGCUUUCAGAAAGACGUUAAGAGAUGUCUUGACAAUGCCAUAUACUUAAAAGACCGUCUUCAGAAAGCAGGAAUUAGUGUGAUGUUGAAUGAGCUUAGCAUCAUAGUUGUCCUCGAGAGGCCUCGUGACCAUGAAUUCGUUCGUCGUUGGCAACUAUCUUGUGUGAGAGAUAUGGCACAUGUUAUUGUUAUGCCAGGCAUAACUAGAGAAACUCUUGAUGGUUUCAUUACUGAUUUACUUCAACAAAGGAAAAAAUGGUAUCAAGAUGGAAGAAUUAGUGCACCUUGUGUUGCUAGUGAUAUUGGUGCUCAAAAUUGUGCUUGCUCUUAUCACAAAAUUGAUUACAUUAUUGCUUAGAAGGUGAUGAAGGGCUUCUACCAUAGAGUUUGUCUACAUAUUACAACUCUUUAUGACUUUAUUUUUUAUUCACAUACACAAAAAAAAAUUGUAUUCUAGAUAUAAUGUAUUACUAUGCCACAUAAAUCAAUACCUUGUAAAGUACAUGGUUUGAUGCAUAUAAUAAUAUUUUGAGAAUAAAUUUCAAGUUUUCAUUUGAUUAUUAAUCUAAUUGGGAUUAUAAGAUUAUUUUCGAUUCUCUCUCCA